GAGAGCGCGGGAGAGAGAGCGCGGGAGAGAGAGCGCGGGAGAGAGAGCGCGGGAGAGAGAGACAGAGAGCGCACGCGCGAGAGAGAGAGAGCACGAGAGAGCACAAGAGAGAGAGCG